GAUCUCGGAUCAACAAGCUCGAGUUCAUCUCGUGUUCUAGCCUACCAUCAACCCCGGCACCGAGUUACCAACGUGCUUCAUCACCACACUACUUCGACUUUGUUCUCCCCUAUUCUUAAUCUACCUCCUCACCACAACAGUCUCAAUCAGUCAUCCACCAUGUCGACUCAUCUCCUCCCUCACUCUCCCGAGCCUUCCCCGUCCAAGAAGCUCCGAUCAUGUCUCUCUCCUCACCGCCGCUCUGAAGAUCCCAUCGGCUUCCGCCCCUCAUCUGCCAUGUCGUCCUCCAGUGGCUACACUGAGGACUCUAACGGCGAGUGGGUCGAGCGGAGGUCCAAGACUGUCCACUGGAUCGACUCUGAGGACGGCUCCUUUGUCACUAGCUACUUUGACACGUAUGCUGUCGACGAGUAUGACCGCACCCCCCUUGCUCCUCCCUCGGAGCAGGAGCGCGCUUGUGUUCUGCCUGCCCGUGGCUCGCGUUGCCUGUCAUUUAGCGACCUUGCCCACGAGGAAGUCGACGACGAGGACGACUCCACCGACGAAGAAGAAGUUCUCCGCCGCCUCCCGCCCUCGCCCUUUGCUACACCCGAAGAUUCUGAUUCGGAGCGCGAGGACGACGACGAGUGGGACGAAUGUUUUGAGCGCCGCCGCAUGAUGUUUGCUCGCAUGUGCCCUCUCGACAGCGACGCCCAUCCCCAGUUCGAGGGCUACCGCUCCCUGUCCGCCACGCUCGUCUCCCUCCUCCAGUCUGUCCAGGCUGAAUCAGACGACGAGGACGCGUCUGCGACCCCUCGUGCCUCAUUCCAUGAGGGCGAGGAUGACGACACCGCCAGCGAAGGUGACGAUGAGCGCGACGACUUCGUGUCUCGCGACCUGCCCUUCCCCCUCUUCUCGCGCCUGCGCGAGUCGAGCACCGACUCUGACGAGGUUGGCACCCCGAGCCUCAUCUCGAGUGCCGACUCUGACACUGAAUGUUCUGGCCUCAUGAGCCCGCGUGGCUCGGCCGUCGAGUUCCUCCCCUCCACUCGCUUGCUCUCCUCCUCCAACGAACAAGUGCCGUCAACAUGGAAGGGCGUGUCUCCUGUCCGCUACAAUGUUGCCCCCAACGAGCAGGCACUAUCGAUUGAGCUCUAAAGCAUUGACCGCCAGCUCGCGAGCGAGUGAAUGAGGGGCGCCACUCGUUGAGGCCUGGCGCCUUGACCCCCCUCCAACCCCCUCCAACCCCACCCAACCCCCCCACGCCAUCCCAUCCAUCCAUUACUACAUCCCCAUUUGGUCUUUAGCAUUAGCACGGUCCAGUACAUAGCUUUUCUUUGUACUACAGAUGACCCACAUCGGAUAACCCUGCAUGCAGCUGGUCUACACUGUCCUGA